AUGAAAAUAGCAGAGGCAGGUCAGAAUGACAGCCAGGAGGAGGUCAAGAGGACGGCGAGCAGGCAGGACCUAGUAGCAGAGAGGCGCUACAGAGCACUGUACCCCAUCUACCUUAGGCACGCAUUAAACUUGCGUUUGCUUUCUCGCUGUCAGAUCUUGAAAACAACUUGUCUCUUCUUGAGUCUGCUCACUGGUCUUGGUAUCUGCAGUGGAAAGUUCGGGCUACCGAUAACAGAUGACGUGAGCAAGCUGUCAUUAUUGAAGCAGAAUAUCCCAAUUGAUUAUGAGAUCCCUGUUCACUACAUUCCCAAAGAAGUGAGUGGCAUGUGCUGGGUAGUGUUAAAUAUCUAUCCUUUGGAGCAAAGCCUUCGGAGGUUGGCCAACAUGUUUGGUGCCAUAUCUUCCAACAAAGAGAACAUCAUCGUCUUUAUUGCCAUGCUGAAGAGUUUACGUUUCACUUUUGACCACGAAGAACUGGAGACUGCUAUGCAAGUCUUCCAGUGUCACUACCAGGAGGGCAGCUUUCUAUCUGGUCUGUACUUUGACUACAUCAAAGAAGUCUUAAAUUCUGCGGCGCAGGGAGAAGGAGGCUUUCCAUGCAAACCUCCGCCAUGCGUCACCCCACUGCAAACACCAGAUCGGAAUGUAUUUAGGAAUGCUACCAGACACCCAGAUGAGUGCACAGACACUGUGAUGCCAUAUAACCGUUUUCUGAAGAAGCCUGCAUUCCAGCAGCGCCCCCAGUUAGAUACGACAUCAGCAAGGCCUGGUUUACCGCCAGACUCAUUCAACUUAGCCAGGCAACAGAGGCCAACCUCUCCAAAGAAACGGAUAUUGAGGAAGGGUACCAAUGCUGCUGACGGAGAUACUCUGAAAGUGAAGUCAAGGAGGUGGUGUUUUACGGCAUGUGAUACUGACAGCAGCCAAACGACGCUCUCCGACACAUUGACAACUGUAUCCAUUUCUAUACCGCUUCAGACACUCCCCCGCCCUGCUGAUGGUCUUCCGGCAGGAGAAGGUGUCCCUGAACAGGAGCGAUGGUGAGGUAUGACAGACAGAAAAGGAAAAUGGCAAAAAUUUGGACAACGAUGGACUCACUUUCAAGGCUUUUCCAAUAUCGGCAGCUGCCUGCUGGAAGAAUGGGCUGCAAUGUGACACUGGCUCAUCCUCACCUUUCAAAGUGACAACUGGAGAAUACUACAUCUAAUUUGAAAAACAGACAAACAAAAAAACCUGUUUUGCAAACCGGCAACAAUGGCUGACGGAUUCCAAAAUACUGCAUCCACCAUUUUCCCAAGUAAAUUGUUUGUUUUUUUUUAAUUUUUUUAAUAGAGAGUAAAAGAGGCUUGCAUAUGAGGCUGGGACAGUAAAUAGACUUGCCAACCGCUAUUAUCAAGCUAAUUUCAGCGAGAUGAAAAGCAAACAGAGACACAAACUUGUGUCAUUCAAAUUGCUCUGAACUGGGGUCUUUCUAUGCCGUCGCAGUGUGGAAAUAAAAUCGAGGGAAAUGCAAAAUAUAACUUGAACCAGAAAUUUCCACUAAAAACACAGCGUCACUGAACUGAUGGCUUUGGUUCAUUCUGAAAUUGAGAUCCACAAGUCUGUCCAACUUGUUGGCAGUGUUACUGUGGUCAGAUGGAGUUUGCUGUGACUGAGAGGA